UUAGUAAAUAAAAACAACGUGUCGAUGCACGCUUGAUAGUUAUUAAAUAUACACGAUCAAAGACGGCUAUGCAACUAAACCUGUGUGUUCGGGGCGUGUACAUUAGUCGGUAAAUGAAUUGUGUUGAGUUGAGCUGGUCAGACGAAAACAUCAAAUUUAUUUGAAGAUUUCUAGUGCAUUUCACAGCGUUAACCACAAAUAAAAUGUAUUCUGCAUUGGGCGGGUCUUCCUUGUCGAACAACUCUUCGGGUAUGUGACUAACAUAGCAUCAAGCGUUGCGUAACAUUCCGAAGGCCUCUUUCCAUGGGAAUAGAAAAAAUAUUUCACCUUCAUAGAGUACAGUUAAUACGAGCGAAACAAAAAAUAAUAAUUAGGAAUAGUAAAGAAAUAAUUGCAAUCUCCAAUUAUGCGUAAUUUGUUUAUUGUAGUGAAGUGGAUUUUAGAUGGAACACGCAAUUAUAUGUCAGACUCGGAGCCAGAACCGCUUGAUCUCAAUAGGAGCAAAAUACAAUGUAUAUGUUGUUUUAGAACAAUUGACUAUUGAUUUGUAUUGCACUAUCUAAGUAUAAUCUGUACGUGUAAAGAUCGACUUGAUUUGAUUUUCACUAUCGCUUGGCAAAUAGAUAGACUUCUAAAAGUAAUAAGCGACAACAGCUAAAACUAAGACUUAUUUGAAUAGAGCGCAGUCUUUUAAUCCGACCCUGUGUUGAUGAUAGAAAACGAUUAUAUAUUUCUUUUAUAUUGUUGACACAAAAUUAAAAUGCAGAGCGUCGUUCCCGCAUGUAAUUUCGAUAAGGUUUUUCCUUGCCUUAUUUUGAUGUUGUUUGAAUUAUGGCUUUGUAGAAAGGCGACCAGUACGAAUUCGUCCUUUUAACUACCAACAUGAGGCUUAAACGGAUUGAGGCGAAGGAUUGCAAGAGGUUCACUAAGAAACGUAUCCCAAUCAUCGAUUGGUUACCGAAAUAUUCUAUAUCCAAGUGUCUUCACGAUAUUCUCGCCGGAUUCACGGUAGGAUUAACCGAAGUACCUCAAGGGAUCGCUUACGCAACAGUCGCUGGUUUGCCACCAGAAUAUGGACUAUAUAGUGGAUUUAUGGGUUGUUUCAUGUACACUGUGUUCGGUAGUUGCAAGGAUAUCAAUAUUGGACCUACGGCGAUUAUGGCGUUAAUGUCACAAGCUUACAUAGCGAAAAUGGGACCAGACGUCGCAGUCCUUCUAACAUUUCUCUCUGGCUGUAUUAUCUUUAUCCUGGGACUCCUUCAUCUAGGUUUCGUAGUCGAGUUCUUUUCGUAUCCCGUGGUAGCUGGAUUUACGUGUGCAGCAGCUCUGCAAAUUGCUUUCUCCCAGUUGAAGAGUCUUUUAGGCAUCAGCGGAAAAGCGAACGAAUUCCUGGAGUCCAUAAUAACUGUGAUAGAGCAUAUAAAAGAAACCAAAAAGUGGGACGUUAUCCUGGGAGUUAUCUGUAUCAUAAUUUUGAUGGUCAUGCGGGAGUUAAAGCGAUUAUCUAAUACGAACGAGAGCAGCAGUCGCAUUAGGAAAUAUUUUGGCAAGUGCAUGUGGUUUUUGUCGCUGGCCAGAAAUGCUCUGAUAGUGAUCAUUACGACGGUCAUAGCUUACUAUUUAGAAGAGGAAGGUCGCAAUCCAUUUACGUUGAUUGGAGAAAUUGGAUCAGGUUUGCCGAACUUCGAACCUCCGCCAUUUAGUAGUACUGUUAACGGAACUCACUACAACUUUGGGGAGAUCAUAAAAGAAUUUGGAGGUGGCGUUGCGUUUGUACCGUUGGUUGCUAUCUUAGAGACCGUGGCCAUAGCCAAAGCUUUCUCUAAGGGAAAGACUCUGGAUGCUACUCAAGAGAUGAUAGCGCUGGGUAUAUGCAACAUCAUGGGCUCCUUCGUGCGAUCCAUGCCCGUUACCGGUUCCUUCACCAGAACAGCAGUCAACAACUCUUCUGGUGUUAAAACACAAUUAGGAGGUAUUAUAACUGCAGCCAUGGUACUUCUGGCUUUGGCCUUUCUCACAAAAACCUUCACGUAUAUCCCGAAGACAACUUUAGCAGCGGUCGUUAUUACUUCAAUGUUUUACCUUUUCGAAUUUGAAGCUUUCAUUUUGCUCUGGAGAAGCAAAAAAUUAGAUUUGAUCCCAUUCGGGGUAACUCUUAUCGCUUCCCUGUUUUUGGGACUCGAGUACGGAAUAAUUCUGGGAAUAGUUUUACAUUUAAUUUACGUACUAUAUCCUGUGGCUAGGCCAAAAAUGGAUAUAAUUAAUGUAAAGAUUCCACAGGGCGAUGUCCUUGUGGUUAUUCCCAAUACAAAUAUGCAGUUUCCAGUGGCGGAGUUCUUCAAGGAGAAGAUUAUUUCGGAGGCGAACAUCGCCCAAUGCACAGUGGUCAUCGAUGGCAGCAAGAUCACUUACAUAGAUAGUACCGUAGCCAAAAAUAUCGACAGUCUCAUCAGCGACAUGCAACUGCGCGAUCAAGAUAUAAUCCUUUGGAAUUUCAAGUCUGAAAUUAUGGACAUAUGUAUUGGUGUCAAUAAGAAGAUGCAACCGUACUUCCGAUCGGGCACAAUUGAGGAAGUAGUGGACGAUCCGACGAUGCAGUGUGUUCAAACCGACAAAAAUUACUCCAUCCAAUAGAAAAUAGCUAAUGUUAUAUAUUAAGUAGAAAUUAAUUUCAGUUUAAAACACUGAGAAAUUAUGUGCGUCUUCAUUCACUCUUAAAUUCAAUUUUUCGAAUCCCUAAGAGCAAACUUUUUUUAUA